AUGUCUGCCUCACCCGAGCCAGCAGCCGCAGAAUCUCCCCUGGUGGACAAGGAAGAUGACAGCAUGCAACACAAGGAGGACGACAUCGCAAAACUGGACCUUUCAGACGAUGAAUCUGUCCUUUCCGACGUCGACGAUGCGCAGUUCGAAGACUUCGAUGCCGCAAACGUCUCGAUUGACGAGCGGCCGGCCAUCGCCAUAGACGAGGAGAACCUCAAGCUCAUUGGCCGGCAUAAGCGUGCACGCAAUCAGGAGGAGGAGGAGCAGCGGAAGAAGAAGAAGAGCAAAGAGGGCCGUAGAGAGAAGAAGAGUCGCAGGCGGCAGGAGAGCGAUGAUGCGUUUAGUGGUGGGGAAGAAAUUGAGGGAAAACGGGCGAGGAAGCGGAGGGAGGACGGUGAGAAGCGGAGUAGGAAGAUUGUGGAGGAGAUUAAUGAGGAGGACCUGGACCCUGCUGCCCGUAUGUCCUCUUGCCCUACACCUGCGAUUAUAGUUCUAUCGCGAUUACUGACUAGGGGUAACAUUUCCUUUUUUUCUUCUUUGAUUUUUACAGGUCGUCGCCGCGCGCUUGAUCGUAUGAUGGAUGAGCAACUUAAGAAGCCUACCAAACGGCGUGCUCGGAAGGCGGAUGGAAUUGAUCUCGCCGACCUGGCUGAUGCGGAAAUCGAAGAUGUUCGAAGACGGAUGACCGACGCCGCCAAGCUGGACAGUAUAGCUCGGAAAGAGAACCGGCCCGCGAUGCACAAAUUGAAGAUGCUCCCGGAAGUGGUUUCGCUCCUAAAUCGCAACCAAUAUGUCAACAGCCUUGUCGACCCGGAAAUCAACCUUCUCGAAGCGGUCAAAUUCUUCCUGGAGCCACUGGACGACGGCUCCCUGCCGGCAUAUAACAUCCAGCGUGAUCUCCUUGCGGCAUUAGGUAGACUCCCCAUCAACAAGGAGACGCUCAUUGCCAGUGGCAUUGGCAGGGUCAUUGUAUUCUACACCAAGAGCAAGCGACCUGAGAUUGGAAUCAAGCGCCAGGCGGAGCGUCUUCUCGCCGAAUGGACCCGUCCUAUCCUACAGCGCAGCGAUGACUAUUCGAAGAGAGUCUACGAGGAAGCCUACUUUGAUCCCAGUCAACUUGCUGCUCGCAACCAGGGCGUAUCGGCACAAGCCACCGCUGCAGAAGCUCGCGCACGAGAACUGCUACCGCCGCGCCUUGCCAACCGUGCGCGUGUCGAAGCUGGACACACUUCGUAUACCAUCGUGCCGCGCUCGACCACGGUGCAGGAGAGCAGAUUUGCCCGUCCCCUGGGCGCAAGCGGCGAGGAUCGAUUUAGGCGGAUGAAGGCCCGACAGGCGGCAGCGAUGAAAGCGUCGAAGAGGUAAAUAAGCUUUGUUGACACGGUGAAGAGCAUUCAUUCCUGUCUUGGGAGGGACACUUGGACACAGGGACCCAGGGACCCAGUGAAGCGGAAAUGACAGUUCUGAUCAAGUGUCUAUCUCUCUCUCUCUCUCGUUCUCUGUGUGUGGGUUGCCUUAUUGCUACCAUUCCGAACCGGCCUAUUAUUCCUCCAGUGAUUUCCUUUUGUCAUGUGCUUCGUCUUGAUCCUCAUUGUAUAACUUCAAUCGACUUUUGAUUUUCCGUAGAGCCAGGACGGCGUUUUUGCGGGGUGGCCAUUCUUUCUCAGCGCGCAAUCUGUGAUAUAAAAACAAAUAAAACGACAUUGUGUUCCCC